ACUCUCUUCUCUACUCUUUCUAGGGUUCCCUCACCCUGUUUGCCCUCUUUCAAUUUAUCGCCUGCCAAAUUCACGCAGAAUCUGCAACUCUCCAUUUCCUUCUAUUCAAUCGGAUUGGUAGCUUUCUUUCCAUGUGAAAAAGGAACAUGUAUUCUUCACGAGGGAGCGGCGCUUACGGCCAAUCAUACACGGGUCAAUCCGCAUAUGGCCAGAACUUGGGUGCUAAUUAUUCUGGAGGUUCCGUUGGAGGACACGAUGUGAGUCAGCAUUCUGUAGCUCCUAGGCAUUCUGCAAUAUUGGGUGGUUCUCAGGAGGUUGAUGUUGGUGGGUAUAGGACUCAUACUUCUGCUGCCACCCAGUAUGGGGGACAGUAUAGUUCUGUUUAUGGCUCAGCUGCUUUGAGCAGUGCACAACAGGUUCCUUCAUUGAGUACGAAGGGAGCUGCAUCAUCAGCCUUAGAUGGUCGUGGAGGUUAUGCUUUGGGUGUUUCAGAUUCACCUAAGUUUACUUCUGGAGAUUAUGUCUCAUCAUCGAGCCAUGGAUAUGGUCACAAAUCUGAUCAACUGUAUGGUGACAAGGGUUUGGAGUAUUCUGGAAUAGACAGGAGGCAAUAUGGUGAACGACAGAGUGGUUACAUUGGCCGGGACUUAACAAGUGAUCCGACAGGACGGUAUGCUGCUGAUCCUGUUGGAUUUAGUCAUCAACAUCAGCAAUCAGAAAUGUAUGACCGCAUUGAUCAGGCUGCUUUGCUUCGACAAGAGCAAUUGCUGAAAGCUCAGUCUCUGCAAGCUGCAUCACUUGAUGGGGGUGCUAGACAAUCUGAUUAUCUUGCAGCAAGGGCUGCUGCUAGUCGUCACCCUACCCAAGAUCUUAUGUCUUAUGGCGGAAGGAUGGAUUCUGAUCCCCGUGCUUCAUCAAUGCUAAGUGCUACUUCAUAUAGUGGACAACAUGCACCAUCAAUAUUAGGAGCAGCUCCCAGGAGGAAUGUGGAUGACCUCUUGUAUUCCCAGAAUGCUUCAAAUCCUGGUUAUGGAGUGAGCCUACCUCCUGGUAGGGACUAUGCCAGUGGGAAAGGUCUUCAUGGGAAUUCCAUGGAGUUGGAGUACCCAGGAAAUGUGCUGUCACAUGGUGGGCAUAAUGAUCGCAAGGAUGAUCGAGCAAGCUAUCUACGGGAAUUUGAGCUAAGGGAAGAAGAACGUCGCCGGGAGCGCAUGCGUGAGAGAGAGAGGGACAGAGAACGGGAGAAAGAACGGGAACGAUUGCGGGAACGGGAACGAGAAAGAGAACGUGAAAGGGAGCGCAUUUUGGAGCGACGAGAGAAAGAAAGGGAGCGAGAACGAAAACGUGCACUUGAAACUAGGCAUGAACGAACUCCAGUGAGAUCCUCCAAGGAUCCCCGUGGUACUUCAAAAGAUCCUCGUGGGUCAUCUCUAACAAAGGAUGGGAAAUCUUCACGAAGGGACUCUCCACAUCAUGGCGCUUUACAUAGGCACCAUUCACCUGUUAAAGAAAAACGGAGAGAAUAUGUCUGCAAGGUUUAUGCAUCCCGUUUGGUGGAUAUUGAGAGGGAUUACCUCUUAAUAGAUAAGCGAUAUCCCCGACUCUUUGUCUCUCCUGAAUUUGCCAAGGCUGUUGUGAAAUGGCCAAAGGAAAACCUUAAACUGUCUAUUCAUACCCCUGUCAGCUUUGAGCAUGAUUUUGUUGAAGAAGAAAGUGCCACUGAACCUAGAGACUCAUGCAACAAGCUUGUGGUGGGACCACCUCCAAGUUCAGAACAAGGAAAUACAGUUUGGAAUGCUAAAAUAAUUUUGAUGAGUGGACUUAGUAGGUCUGCAUUGGAGGAGCUGUCAUCUGAUAAAAUUAUUGAUGAUCGCAUUCCUCAUAUUUGCAAUUUCCUUAGGUUUGCAGUCCUUAAGAAGGACCAUUCUUUCAUGGCAGUUGGUGGUCCAUGGGAACCUAUUGAUGGCGGUGAUCCAUCCAUUGACGAUAACUCCUUAAUCAAAACAGCCCUCAGAUAUGCGAAGGAUGUUAUUCAACUUGAUUUGCAGAAUUGCCAACACUGGAACCGUUUUCUUGAGAUACAUUAUGAUAGGAUUGGCAGCGAUGGUUUCUUUAGCCACAAGGAAAUCACUGUUCUUUAUGUUCCCAAUUUGUCAGACUGCCUUCCUUCAUUGAAUGAUUGGCGUGACAAGUGGCUUGCCCACAAGAAAGCUGUUGCUGAAAGAGAACAUCAACUUUCUUUGAAAAAAGAGAAAUCAAGAGAUAACAAGGAAGUAUCUAAAGACAAAUCAGAUAAAUGGAAGGAUUCUGCUGCAUCAGGACUGUCAGAUGUUAAGAAAAAGGAGAAAGAUAGUAAUACUGUUAAGGAAGAAAUUGAAGAAAAAGUUGCAGUAAAUAACAGUAAAAUUGCUAAAAAUGAUGCUUCUGAAAUUGGUGAAGGCAAUACUGCUGAUAAAAAGCAAGGGGAAACUGCAGCUGGUCAAACAACAGGCAGUGUGAAGCCUGUGAAAAAGAAAGUUAUAAAGAAGGUUGUGAAACAGAAAGUUGUUGCCAAGGCAAAUUCUACUGCCAACAAAGAAACUGACAAAUCAAGUGAAAAGGAUGUUGUCGAGGUGACAACAUCCAAUGUUACUGAUGGGGUUCAAACUUCUGUGAAAAACAUCAGUGCUGUAGAUAUUUCUAUUGGGAAAACUGAUGGGGAAGAGGGGAAAGAUAAGGAAAUAACUAGUUUAGAAGAUAAAUCUCAAGACAAGCCAGAUCCAGCAGUAAAUACAGUUGUGAGUGAUGCUGCUGUUAAAACAACUAAAAAGAAGAAAAUUAUUAAGCGGGUACCGAAAAAGAAGGUGGUUGGUGAGGCAUCUAAGUCUGUAGUUUCUGAAGCCAAAAAUGAAGUGAAUGUUGUGGCUGUUCAAGGAAAUGAUGGUGCCCAGAGCUCUGGCAAGCAGACUGCUGAUGCAGAUACCAUAGUGUCUGAGGUGAAGAAACCUGUGAAGGUAGUUCCAAAGAAAAAGCUAAAAACAACUACGUCUGGGAAGCAAGAUGAAGGGGCUGAUUCUAAUAAAGCAGAAACAACGUCUGACAAAAAGGAUGAAGGGAAUGUUGUGGUAGUUCAAGCACAAGAUAACACAGAGAGCACUGGCAAGCAGACUGCCAGUGCAGAUACCAUAUCGACGACAGAGGUGAAGAAACCUGGGAAGUUUGUUGCCAAAAAGAAAUUAAAGGCCCCUGCAUCUGAUAAGCAAGAUGACACAGCUGAUGCCAAUAAAACAGAAACUAAGUCUGACAAGGAUGACAAAAAGGAAGAAAAAGGAACUAGUGAAAAAGGUGGGGCCAAGAUAGAAAAGCAGAAAGCCUCUGAUAAAGACAGUCACAAUGUCAGGGGGAAAGGGAAAGAUGGGGAGAAGUCAAAAGAUGAGAAAGGAACUAAAGAGAGAGAUGGAAAAGAUGAGUCUAAAAGCAAAUCUAGUAAAGAAUUGAAAGACAAGAAGUCUGAUGAACCUCCUCGACACCCUGGAUUUAUUCUUCAAACAAAAUGGACCAAAGAUUCUAAACUACGUUCUCUGUCACUGUCAUUGGAUUCAUUGUUGGAUUAUACUGAUAAAGAUGUUGAAGAAUCAACACUUGAGCUUUCAUUGUUUGCUGAAUCAUUUUAUGAAAUGCUUCAAUUUCAAAUGGGCUGUAGAAUUUUGUCAUUUCUUCAGAAACUGCGCAUAAAGUUUGUCAUCAAAAGAAAUCAGCGAAAGAGGCAGAGGGAAGAUGGGCAUGAGAAUGAUAGUAUAAACAAAUCGCCUGUAAAGCGUCAAAAGGGUGAUGAUCCUUCUGUGAAAAAUGAGUCCACAAAUAUGGACACAUCAAAUCCAACCCAAGCUGAUGAUGAGAAAGCUGUAGCUGAGAAUAAUAACUCUGCUGAUAAGGGGGGUGAUGUGAAGAUGGAAGAUGGAUCAGACGAGGAAGAAGACCCAGAGGAGGAUCCUGAAGAGUAUGAGGAAAUGGAAAAUGGUAGUCCCCAACAUGAUGCGUCCAAAGAUAAAAAUGCCGACCAAGAGGUGAACACUACAAUUGAAUCUGAAAGUAUAACUAGCAAUGAAAAAGCAGUAGAUGAAACUUCUAAGCAGGAGACUAAGGUUAAAGAUGAGGUGAAAGAGUCCAAGGCCAAUGCACAGUUCAAUGAGGAAAAGGAAGAAAAGGAUAAAAGUAAGAAAGAAACCACUGCUGUUAAGGAGGUUGCUGUGGACAAGGAUCUGUUGCAGGCUUUCCGAUUUUUUGAUCGUAAUCGUGUUGGAUACAUCAGGGUUGAAGAUAUGAGAUUAGUUAUCCAUAAUCUGGGGAUGUUCCUUUCGCACAGGGAUGUCAAGGAACUUGUACAAAGUGCAUUGUUGGAGAGCAACACUGGAAGGGACGACCGAAUUCUUUAUAAUAAGCUGGUGCGGAUGAAUGAUAUUUGAAAUUUGAUGCCCCGUAGACUCCAUUUCUUUGGUCUAUGAAAUGCUGGAAUUGUUUGUGUUGGGGUGAAUGGAAGUUGCUUUUGUAGUUAGAGUCGGACAGGUCUUUUUUCUUUGUUCAAAGGGCUUCUAGCCUUUCCGUUCAUUUUAGCGAGGGUAAGACCUUUUCUUGGCAUUUAUUGUUUAUAUUUCCAAAAUAUCAAAUUAUGCCGCAUUUUUUUUUCAUGUUUAUUAAGUCGUGUUCUCUAACGUUUGUUAUCUUUUAGUUCUGUCGAGUAUACUUCUGUAUGUAAUGAAAUAUUGGGUUUAGAUGAGUUCUCCAAUUUGGUUUGUCAGUAUAGUUCAGCAUAUUGUUUAAUUGUAACUUUUGAGAAUGUUACUCGGAAUUUUGACAAUCGUAAAUUCGUAAUAGUCAUUUGAAAAUUG